AUGUCGAUAGMGAUGCCAAGKUCACCGACCAGCAUGCAGGCCCGACCACCGAGGCCGAGGAGCCGAGCAGCAAAWGUAWUAGCCGCCCAUCCCCCWCGCGCCCUGCUGACCAACAAGAUCGAGAAAAGCACCAGCAGCACGAGGGUUAGCGGCAUCAACACAGCUAUGAGCAGGAAGAGGGAGCACCGUGUUCUUGUCAUGGUAGUCGCUAUGGUGCUAGUGUACCUGAUGUGCUGGGUGCCCUACGGGGUCAUGGCCUUGCUGGCCACCUUCGGACGCCCCAGCCUGGUCACCCCUGAGGCCAGCAUCGUGCCGUCGGUCUUGGCCAAAACCAGCACGUUCAUCAACCCCGUUAUCUAUAUCUUCAUGAACAAGCAGUUCUACAGGUGCUUCCGAGCCCUGCUGAGGUGCCAAGAGCCCCAGAGGGGUUCCAGCGUCAGGAGCUCCUCCAAGGCGCCGACCAAAGCUGUCCGUGGUGGCACCCACAAAACCAACGACAACAACAUCACCUUCGAGGUGGCCUCCCUCGGGCAGCCCACCAGCGUCGUCCCCCAGCUGGGGAACGCAACUGUGUACGCAGCCGUCCCCGCUUCCUCUGACAUGGUCAAGCCCAACAUGGUGUCGCUAGUGGCCCACUACAACGGCGAAGGUCUGGGGCCGUCAGGGGUUACGACCUCUAGGAACCAAUUACAGGGAGGGGAGGUGGAUCCAGAGGGGCCGUCAAAGUGGAUUUAGUGCUGUUAUGAGGCUUGCCUCUUGCCAGUAUGAUGGACAGGAGGCAUAGAGGGAAAUCUUUGAAAGCCUCCUGACUCUUCGGAAGUGGAGCCACAGGAGCUACUAGUCCGUCUUGAGGACGGGCUCUGCACAAUGUUAUACAUAUUUUCGCCAUUUACCAUCUCAAAUACGCCUAUGGACUGAGAGUGGGGAGAAAAGGGUGUGAAAAAACCCUGUUAUUUUGUACCAUUUCUAAUGUUUUGUCGAAUAUAUUAGUUCUAUGAAAUGUCAUGAUGUGACUUCCCCAUCUGUACCUUUACAGUACAAAGAUAAAGAGAGAUGAAGAGUGCAUUUUUGUGUUGAUCUGAGAUUGUAAUCACAGAUUGAGGAAACUCAAUUAUUGUAUUCAAGUAUUUUCAGGAGACAGUUUUCAAAAGUGUCAAGAUGACAAAGCGCUAAUGACAAAAAAACAACAAACACAAGGUAAUGAUGGGAUUGUACUGUUAAUGAUUUUUUUGAUUUUAUUGAUUGCUGAACUCAGCAGUUCCAUCACUCAAACGUAUUCAAUUGUAGCCAGUCACGUAUAUAAUUUGUGUCAUAAACAUAGGUAGRAUGUGUCUGGCAUAUAUAUUUCUUUUGAAAAACAUACAAAAAGUACAAAAAGCUGCAUAUGAAUCUGGAGGUCCACGGUACUGUUGGUUUUCUUUUCUCCCUGGUGGUUAAUUGAUUGAUUAAUGUAACUUAUUUGCCAGAGAUUCCACUCACUGUGUUAGGUCGCAAUCAGUCCCUGAUUAUUUCUGGCCUUGUAGUCUGGAUCUGAGAAAAGGGGAUCUAAUCUGUUCUGACAAAAAUGUUGUAUUUUGUUUUUUACAAUAUGUUAUGUUGGGUCUGUAGGCACUGCAAUCCUCAAGUGACUUGAAUAGAGCCCUGCUAUGUAAUAUAAACUAGUUUGAACAACUUUACAGCAUAAUGUACAAUAGUUUGUUCCUUUUCAUGUGAAAUAUGAUGGCCCGUGUUGUGAUUCAGGGCCUGCAAAUAGCUAGGUGUCCAGCCAAAAUGUGUGGCUUACUGUAGCUAUGGCUAGAUAUCACCUAUCAUACUAAAUUAGGCUUGCUAGRGUUAGCAUGUGCGACACUCACCGCCCAUCAUCUUGAUUGGUGUUCAGCAUCUACCCAUUUUAAUAAUACCACUACAUCCCUGGCUUUAUGUCUAGCCAGUUUGUGUGACCCCCCCAUUUGGUCAACACAAUUGACAUCCCGAUUUAAGCCUAAAAUUAUGCGAAAUGAUUGUAAAUUGCUUUAAACGGCAGAGGCCUCAUCUAUAUAGAAAGCAUGUUACACAGGACUGGUAGAGCAUGUGCUCUUGAGAUAUUGUACUGUAGCCUUAAGUCUUACAAAAUGUACUGUGUACAUUGGUCCUCAACCUUUGAGGCUGUGCUCAGUGCUUUAGGUGGAAUACAACAUGUGUAUUGGUGCACCAGUGAGUAGGCUUAAUGGCCCACUGCAUGUACAGUGUGUGCAGUAUGAACAAAAGGCACUUUCUGUUUUUUUUAAUUUUUAAGUGGAGCACAUUUUUGUUCAAAUCUGAAAAAAUACAGGAGGCAUGAAUAUUAUUUAGGUUUUUGUUAACAAUACAAUGGAUAUGUAGGCGUUAUAAAAGUCUUGAGUUGACCAUGCUGAAUGAGAGUAACCGUUGGUAGUGUAAUGUUAUCUCGCUGGGAAAAUGUACAUGUUUAAGAGUGUAUGUCGAUGUGUGUUUUAAUUGACCACGACGACUGUUAAAGCGGGAAUCAGCAGCGGAAACAAUAACAAGAGAAAUGUCGAGAAAUGGGCUGGAGAAAUGUAGCACUCUCAAAGUCAUAGACAGYGCUAUGGAUGCAGGGACAAAAUGAUAGUUCUGACCAUUUACUUCGUUUAACAAACACUGGAGUAAAACAAGCUUAUAUUUUGGUUCUGACGGGGUACGACAGUUGAACUAAGGUCAUGAGGCAUUUGUACGUUGUUCUUCAAGAAUCAAUGGGUACAUAUACAUGUAUAUGUCCAAAAAUGUGUGUAGCUCCUGCAGAUUGCACCUUCAUCUACGGACAGACCAGUUACAGUAUGUAAAUAAUAUUAUACCAAAGCAAUAGGAAUUUCAUACUGUAUUGAGUAAUAAAGACUUUUUGAAAACAA